AUGAAGUCUUUCAUCGCAUCCUUGCUGGCCGCGUUGCCAUCUCUGGCUCGCGUCCAGGCAUAUCCCUCAAACCGAAGUCAUCCUGUGCCGCUCAAUAAUAAGACCUUGAUCCCGCUGGUCGUCGAAGGUGGUGCCUGCGGCUACGAACACAAUGAGAACGAUGCUAUCUGUGGACAUGGACUCUGCUGCAAUAUCGAGACCGGGUUAUGCGGUUCUGAUGACCUGUCGUGUAGCGCAAUCAACUGUCUCCCCAGGUAUAGUACUGGCUGCGAAUGGCAAGGCGAGAUAAAUGCCGACCUCCAGGAGAAGGACCCAUUGUUGGACCACUACUCGCCCGAUCAAGCCUCAUCAUCGUCUUUGCAAAAGCGCCAGGAUGCGGCCGCACAGGCCGUGGAUGCGAAUACAUCCUCGGAUGAAGGAUUGUAUAAACGCCCAUCCCUCUCCUGGUUGGUUAGUCUACCGCGCCAGAAGUUGGGUUCCGUCCCUUACGGAGAGCUGAUCACCACCUGCACCGAGCCUGGGACCAUUGCUCUGACCUUUGACGAUGGGCCUUGGAAGUAUACCGAAGACCUUCUCGACAUCUUGCGCAAUUACGGGGUGCAGGCGACUUUCUUCGUCUGCGGUGGCAACAUGGGCGGCGACGGACAGAUUACCGACUAUGGCCACCCCCAUCUCUUGCAGCGCAUGGUCAACGAAGGCCACCAGGUCGCCACGCACACUUGGGCACACGCAGAUCUGACUACGGUCGACGAAUACGGGAUCCUCGACCAGCUGCUGUUCAACGAGCAAGCCCUGGUGGAGGCCCUGGGGAAGAUUCCGACAUACUUCCGCCCGCCCUACUUCAGCUCCAACGAGGAGGUGUUGGAUACCGUGGGGCAGCUUGGUUACCACGUCAUAAACGCGGGUGUCGACACUAAUGACUGGAAGGGCGAUUACGAAGCUGCAAAACAGACCUUCAGCCAGGCGCUCCAGCAGGGCCAGUGGGAUGGCACCGGCAAGAUCGUCCUGGCUCACGACAUCCACGAGCGCACGGUGCACGAGCUCGCCGGGUACAUGAUCGAGCAGGCCCUGAACGCCGGGUACCGCCUCGUCACCGUGGGUGAGUGCUUGGGCGACCCGGAACAGAAUUGGUACCGCAACCCUAGAACAGGCGGCUCUUGGACGUCCCGUGACCCUGCGAACAGCGAGCUGGUUCAGCGAGGUAUGACACCUUCUGAUGGACAGAGUAAGGAGUUCCUGGAGUCGUUGAAGAGUCAACAACCCCCAGCCUCCACCGAACACCAUCACGGUGUGCACUUGACCGCCGGGCAUGCGCCGCCUCUGAUGUCUAUCCCGACUGCUACCGAGAAACAUAACAUACUCAUCACUCGGGCAGCCGAGCCUUCCGACCCUGUUGCUGCUGAUGUGGCACGAUAUGAGAUGGAAGGGCGCUUCGACGCGCCGCAAUGGGCCGCCACCAACGCCGAAGAAAUCCUCGAAGUGUCGGGCGCCGCUGAGCCCCCUUCCGCAGGGGGAUCGCGUUUCUCAAGGGCAAACUUGGGGCUCGUUCUGGCGCUGAUAGAUUUGUUCAUUCUCCUCCGAUAA